AUGCGACCAGCUGUUCCGUGUGAUUUUGAAGCGGAAGCGUGUGGCUGGUAUGAGAAUGCUCCAGGGGAUGGGUUUGAUGGGAGAUGGAGCUCACAAAUCACUGUUCAUCCUGACUACCAGAGUCAGGCUCCUCCACAGGACCAUAGCACAAAUACAACAGAGGGUACAACAUUUCAUGUUUAUCUGAAAAACAGCAGCCGCUUUUCUCAGAUAGCUGAGCUGAGGAGUCCCAGGUUCAGCCAAUCUGCAUCGGGCUGUACAAUGUCAUUUUGGCAUUAUAAUUAUGGCCGGGCUGUUGGAGCAGCUGACAAGAAUUUACGAGUAGAGGGUGAGAAUUGCAGCACCACUGUCAUAUGGAGGACUUUAUACAAUCAAGGAGACCAGUGGUUGCAGGCAGUUAUACAGCUUGGUCGUCUUACUCAGCCUUUUCACUUCUCCCUGACGAAAGUCAGCCUUGGCUUUUUUGAUGGAGUGUCAGCACUGGAUGACAUCUAUUUUGAAAACUGCUCCCUUCCCCCACCCGCGGCAAGCUGUGAAGGCAGAGACAAGUUCCAUUAUCGAGAUACAAAGGCCUGCAUUGGCCGGCUACUUGUGUGUGACUGUGGUGAUGGAUCUGAUGAAGACCACUGCUUGAUGGAUCUUCAGUGCAGCUUUGAAAAUAGGCAUUGUAGCUGGACAAAGGAUAUUGCUGAUAGCUUUGACUUGACUCAAAUCCAGGGCCCCACCCCAACGUCAAAGACAAGGCCUUGGAAAGAUCACACUCUGGGAAGUGUGAAUGGACACUAUCUCUAUAUAGAGGCACCAGACCAGAAUUUCCAAGAUACAGCUGUGCUGCUCAGCCAAACCUUUGAUUCCAUAUCAAAUGACAAGAAGCCAUGCAUCUUCUGCUUUUACUAUCACAUAUACUUAAAUAAAGAGAUCACCUUUAUAUUCGAUAUUCGUCUUUUCCUGCAAACAGCAUUAAAUAUUGAAAAGAUCAUUUUCUACUUCCACAUGGCUGGAAAUGGUAUUGGAACACUGAAUGUGUACCAGGUGACCAUUUCAGAUCAAUACUUGUUACUUCUGAACUUAACUGGGGACCAGGGGAACUACUGGCAAAGAGGAGAGCUCUUACUGCAUGCCGAGGAAGACUUUGUGGUGAUGUUUGAAGGCACGCUGGGAAAGGUGUGAAUUUCUGUGGAUGAUAUUCUCUUCACCAGAGAAUGCCUGCUAGCUUCUUCAUCUGGCCCAAAAGAACCAACAUCACUUCCUCCCUCAGGCUCCUGCCCACAUGGCUAUUUGGAGUGUCAGAAUGGAAAGUGUUAUAGACCAGAACAAAGCUGUGAUUUUGUGAAUGACUGUGAAGACAAUACAGAUGACAAAGAGUGUGGCACCUCCUGCAACUCUGAGAGGGGGCGCUGCGGAUGGAGAAAUUCUUUGGCAGAUAACUUUGAUUGGAUACUAGGAGAGGGCUCGACGAAGAGUCUUCGACCGCCGAUCGACCACACACUGGGGGAUGAAAAUGGGCACUUUGUGUAUCUCGAGGCCUCCUUUGAUGAGCUGAAAGGUGACACAUCUCACAUGAAGAGCUCCAAGUGGAAAGAGUCCAGAGCUAUGUGCAAGCUGGCUUUCUGGUAUUAUAUUUCGCCAGUCACUGGGCUUAUCCGGCUCCUUGUGAAGGAAGGAUUUAAAAGAAACACGUGGAACUAUGCAAAUGUUAUUGUCUCUAAUCACAGCCCCUUUAGAGUGGCCUUUGCAGCUGAAGUGGGUGGAGACAGUCUAACUGGUAUUGCCUUGGAUGAUAUUUCUUUCACCCCAGAAUGUGAAGUUGGAGGCCCAAUAACACCUCAACCCACGACCUGCAGCCCGGAUUCAUUCCAAUGUCAGUAUGUUUACGAGUGUAUACCACUGACUUGGCUGUGUGAUUGGGAGCCAGACUGUGUGGACGUCGACGAAUCAAACUGCCCCACUAAGAACCCGGGCACACUGCCCCCUCAGGAUCGGUGCGGGGACGGCCAGUUCCAGUGCCUGCCCUCCCUGCUGAGGCGUGAUGGAGUCGCUGACUCCAGUGCUGAAGAUGAAUUUAGCCGUUGUAAGUUGCCUCAUUGUCUCCAUCCAAGCACAGCAAAAUACCUCUGUUGUAUUCCAGAGAUGAAGCUACUGCCACUCAGCAUGGCUUCUCAUACAGGCAAAUGA